UACAGUAAACUGGAGUAUGUUUUUAUAUGAUCUUUCAAUGUUAAGUCAGUUAUAUGGUGAAUUGCAUCUUCAUCCACAACACACGUCAGAGGAUCAAUCACUGGAGAGCGGUAGCACGCAGCAGCAGCAGCCAUGUCUCACGGAUGGGGAUACGGACCGACUAAUGGACCUGACAAAUGGGGAGAUGAUUUUCCUGUUGCUAACGGGCCUAGACAGUCUCCCAUCAACAUCGUUCCCAAGGAGGCUCAGUAUGACUCCUCUCUGAAGGCUCUGAAACUCAGGUAUGACCCCUCCAACGCCAAGGGCAUCCUCAACAACGGACACUCCUUCCAAGUGGACUUUGAUGAUGACACGGACAGCUCCACCCUGACUGGAGGUCCUAUUUCUGGAACAUACCGUCUGAGGCAGUUUCAUUUCCACUGGGGAGCCAGUGAUGACAGAGGCUCUGAGCACACUGUCGACGGCAUCAAGUUCCCCUGUGAGCUUCAUCUGGUGCACUGGAACACUAAGUACCCUAGCUUUGGAGAGGCAGCCAGCCAGCCUGAUGGACUCGCUGUGGUCGGGGUCUUUCUUAAGAUUGGUGCUGCCAACCCAAGGAUUCAGAAAGUUCUGGAUGCCUUGGAUGCCAUUAAGACCAAGGGAAAGCAGACCACCUUUGAUAACUUUGACGCAAAGACUCUUCUUCCUCCCUCUCUGGAUUACUGGACCUAUGAUGGCUCUCUGACCACACCCCCCCUGUUAGAGAGUGUCACCUGGAUCGUCCUCAGGGAGCCAAUCAGUGUCAACCCUGCACAGAUGGCCAUGUUCCGCAGCCUCCUGUUCACUGGAGAAGGAGAAGCUCCGUGCUGCAUGGUGGACAACUACCGUCCCCCUCAGCCUCUGAAGGGCCGCCAGGUCCGCGCCUCCUUCAAAUAAACCCUGCUUCAUUGUGAUCACUUCCGUGCCCUCUUAACUUCUCCUCAGCUCCAUGCCCUGAACCUUUUUACUCAUAUUGCUCUCCACAUGCAGUCUGUGCUCAGCUUAUCCUUGCCCUGUUGACAUCAACCUGAAAAUUAAAGUAAAGACCCAGCUGCUUAUGCUUUCUAGGACAUAGACUACCUGGAUGUAUCUUGAAAAAAGAACUUUAAAAGUGAUUUUUAUGCUUUGACACUACUGAGACAUAGACCAUAUUUACACUUAUGAUUCCAAGUGUCUCCUAACCAGAUGAUAUUUUCAUUCAUACAUGAAUGACCGUAUUUAUGAACCGCAAGCGAGACAAAAGUAUUAUCGUCUUCACGGCUCCAUGCAGAUCAACACUCACACAGAAAUUGAACUUGAUUUGAUUGAUUGAGAAUCAGAGAACAGCUCACUGCGCCUUAUCUUUAUCAUAUGUUAAGGAAUCAUUGGAGCUUGGGCAAUGGCUAUUUUCUCAUCUGGUCAUUUAGGUUAACUUUAGCUGCCAUUAUCAGGACAGAGGACAUAGAACUUAAAAAGUCAGACAGUGAGAGGUUAUUUCUACAGACUAAAUAUUGACAUAGUUGCACUAUGGGAGGAGUAAAGAUGUCAGUCAUGACACUGACUUAGCACAGACAAAGCUACCCUAAGAGUCCUAGUCUAUCCCAGCUAGGAGAAAGAGACUAGCGAUGUAGGAUUGUACAUUUUAUGACUAGUAACAACAGGACAAAAAUUCUGGCCUCCUCAUUUUGUCUGUACCAUGUUUUAUUUCCCAUUCCAAUAAUUCCUUCAUCCUUUGAAGAGUCUUAUUAAUAUGCUUGUUUGUCAUCUACCAACAUCUUUGAUUGAAAAUGAAAGCCUUCAUCAACUUCCCUAUCAGCUGCUUUCUAUGCAUUCCAUUGUGUUGUGAAAUGUGCCGUAGACAUCUGCUCAGAUUGUCAAACGACAUGUUUUUUAUUCAUGCCUCAUUUUGUUGUUUGAGACAAAGUGAUCAUACUGAUUUUGGAAGUUUUGGUGCACGGUGGCCACCACUCAUCAACAAAGCACUAUGCAAGUUUAAGACUUAAGAUCACGUCAUGAUGGCAAUGUCUCCAGUAUGUUGUGAAGGGCAUCUCGUGAAGUGUUGGCUGAUGGUAAUAUGUCAUGUUUUCUCUAUGUUGGGCUUCUGAUAAAUGAAGCUUUAGUGUUGCAAAAAGGAACCAGCAGGCCACUGACACAUCUGGAUUGCUGGUGGUCAUGGCAUUUACCAUUCGUUCUGUCACUGGCUGGACAGUGUCCCUCUAUUUUUUAUAAAAACUAUGACAACUGAACUACCUAUCACCACAGUGCAUUAAACACUUUCUUCAAGACUUGUGUACAACAGAGCUGUGGUGUUAGAAAGAAUUAGUCUGCAGUGGAUAUUUGAAAUAAACUCAGCUCAAUGGCAGACUUUCAGUGUGACUUUUUAGCCUUUGUAUCAAUGUUAUAAAAAAAUAUAUAUUUAAAAAUCUGCUUUCAGAGUGUGUUGAUUGUGAAACAGCGUUAACCCUUUAAAGUGAAUCACUGAAAACUAAAGUCAGAUUAUAGAUGGAAGGAUGUUUUGUGGGAAUCUGUCAUGGUAUUAAUAAAAACUCUUAGCUUACA